AUGACCAGGAAGGUGUUCACCAACACGAGGGAGCGCUGGCGCCAGCACAACGUCAACACCGCCUUCGCCGAGCUCCGCAAGCUCAUCCCCACCCAUCCUCCGGAGAAGAAGCUGAGCAAGAACGAGAUCCUGCGUCUGGCCAUGCGCUACAUCAACUUCCUGGUGCAGCUUCUGGAGAGCCAGAGCGGUCAGCCUCCCAGCCACUCCCCCACCGCUCUGCUCACCUUUCUCAGGGGAAACAUGGAGCAACUGCACUCCCCUCCUCACGCCUGGGCCCUGACCAGUGACACGGAGGUCCCGUCACCGGGGUCCAGCUGCGACAGCUCCGAGGCCUGGUAG